CUGCUCUGCUCGUCAUCCUCAUUUCUCGCUCUCAUCUCAUCUCACUCCAUGUUGAUUUCUUGGAAGAGUUCCAGCAGCAGCGUUACAGCUCGAUCAUCAUCAUCCAAUUACUCUGUAUGUCGGCGGCGCUGCAGCAUAAAAAAUGCUGCUUCCAUUCUCAAAGUUGCUUCUCCUCUUCGUCUUCAUUGCUGUCUGAGAAUUGAGGAUACAGCUGUUGAGUAUCAUCAGGAACUACUUCACUCCCAAUUGAAUACAAACAAUGACACAACCACCACCCAAAACCAUGACCUCAAGAAGAAGCCUGACCCUGAGUCCAAACAAGUUGUUGGUGGUGGUGAUGCAGGAGGAGGAGGAGGAGGAGUCAAUGGAGAAGAAAGUAACAACGAGGCGGGCAUAACUGGAAUUCAAGUCCCCAGACAGCGAUACAUUCCCAUCUCUAAGUCUCAGCUUUUGGAUUCCAUUCUACUCAUGUUUGACUCCCAACAAGAGAUUGAUCAUUUUCUUCUCCUCUCUUCGUGCCUGGAUUCUAUUCUUCACGCCGAGCACAAAUGCAUUUUAGAGGAAAUGCGAUUGGACUAUAACUAUACUCAUUCGACCGAAGAGAAGGGAACUAGUCGGAAUGGCUCAGAUUGUUCAGAAAAAGAAGUCAUAGCCAAUGGAAAUGAAUCUAACUCGGCUAUAGAAAACACAAUUGGGAUUGGGAACACGGAAGAAUACAGUGAAGACAAGAUUGAACCGGAAAUGCCAAUUUCUUCAUAUUUUAGCCUCGACUUGAGACAUCUCUUGAAUUCUUCACCCAAAAAUGUCAAGAGAAAUUCUUUAACGGAGUCCAGAGUUGCUGUUGCCACUCGUUUCCAGCGUGCUUUCGUGCAGCUUCUUUAUAAUGCUCAGUUUGAAGAGCUAUCAGCCAGGGAUUUGAUUUUGACAUCUGCAUUAAACAGUGAUUAUCUACUUACUUUGCCAAUAUAUGUUGACUGGAAAAGAGCAUCCGAGUCCAAUGCAAUAAUAUUCAGGCGGGGUUAUGCGACAGAGAGGCAGAAGGGUUUACUAAUUGUUGAAAAAUUGGAUUACUUACAGUCGAAACUUCUGCAAGGAAUUUUCUUUGUCAUUUCCAAACCAUUGGCAAAAGUUGGUGUAUGGAUAACUGAGGCCUUUAAGAGUGCAAGUCAGGAACAAGAUGCACAAGUUUGGACUGAGAGAGUUAAGCUUUGGUUCAAGGAACUGCCCCUUUUCCAGCAGUCAGAUUCUUACAGUGAACAAACUUCUGAUAACCUGCUGGAAGUUGCGCAACUAUCAGAUAACGAUGAUCUUCCUAUUUGGCUAGCAGCACAAAGGGCUGUUGCUCGUUAUGAAGGAAUUCUCUCACCAGUUGGACCCCGUGGCAGGCUUUUAAGGAGGUUGCUUAUGUGGAUCGGCCUUAUUCCCUAUAUGCCAGAAAGACCAUUUGAUCUUGAAUAUGAUGUUACUACUUCCGAACCUUAUUUAAGGCCAAUUUUCUUAUCGAGAAUAACACUCAGUGAUAUAUGGGAACCUGCUACAAGGAAACUCUGUGGAAAUGAUUUUUGGAAAAUGUUGCAAACUGCUAUUUCCAUCCUCUUCUCUCAAUCAAUUCUCCAGGAACCAGCAUUCGAAGAAUUAAUUUUACUUUUCACCAAGGAAAGAGGUGAGGGAGAAACUGAAAGUACAGCUGAGGUUCCUUCGUUGCAGUUGAAGAUCUAUGAGAGAAUUCCUAUUCCAGAUUUACCAGUUAUUUUUCCUCACAUAAAGCUGUCUUUUCGUAUCCUAGACACGGUACGCUUGGAUAUUGCAACAGUAUUGGGACUUCUGGCAUUUUUUAUAAACUACAAAUUUGAGAACAUUUUAUCAUCACCAUCAGCAAUACUACUAGACGUGAUUGCAAUCAGUGCUCUUAUAAUAUAUGUGACCCGUGUGGCUUUGGGUUACAAACAGACAUGGGAUAGGUAUCAACUUCUGGUCAACAAGACACUUUAUGAGAAAACUAUAGCAAGUGGCUUUGGCUCAGUUCACUUUCUUCUGGAUGCUUCUGAACAGCAGCAAUACAAGGAAGCCAUAUUGGCUUAUGCAAUCUUGCUUAAAGCGGAGACCGGCCAGGUCACUUGCCCAAAAAAUGUUAAAGACAAAUGUGAGAGGUUUAUGUAUAACAUGUUUAAGGAAAAGGUUGAAAUGCCAGUUGACAAGGCCUUGGAUACAUUGAUGAGGCUGGGUCUUGUUACAGAAAAACUAGUUGAUCAAAAAAUUAGAUUGCAGGCAAUUCCAUGCCCCAAGGCAUAUGACAUCCUUAAACAACGUUGGAAUAGCCUUCUGGACAGUUGAUUUUGAUUACUAAUAAUUCAGAUUUUUUAUUGUUGCGCAGAGAUCAUGUACAUGCUGUAAAUUUUGCCUCCUUGUACCUGCUAUUGUAAAGUUUAUGAGCUCUGUUCUGUCAAAGUACUUUAUAUACA